UAAGAAGAAGUUUAAUGACUAUUCUAAGCACCAUCAAAAGAGAAUUAAAAACCAACAGAAGGAGGAGUGCUAAACUACACUCUCCUUUCUUGGGCUGUACAAUUUUGUUGCAACCAAAAUUGAAGUCCUCAACACUGAGACUAAUCAAUAUGAAACUUUCAAUCUUGUUGGAGAGGAAGAGCUGCCAUUUACAGAGUCUGACCCAAAGGCCCUUAAUAAUGAUGACAUUGAUAACAUAAAUAUGUGGCUCUACCUCAAAGAUAAAUUCAUUAUUUCAAAUGAGGCCCGGCAUGAAAUUGCCAUUAAGGCUAAUGAUCUCCCCAAUAUAUAUUCCAUCAAGAAGCAAAUUAAUGAGCUAAACAGUGAAUGGAACUUGAAACCAACACCAGGAGAUGCUGAAGGUGUUCAGUUAGGAUUUGCAGAAAGCUUGCAAGAGCACAUUGUUAGGCUUCAGAAGAAUGGAGAAAUCAAUGAUGGAGAAGCUAUUAAGAUCAAGCUUAGUGGUGAUGGUACAAAUAUUGGAAAGGGGCUUACUAUUCUCCAUGAAAAGGAUGUGGCAAUGGGUGUGAAGGGACAUGAUAAUCUGAGAGACAGCCUAGCAGACCCUCGAAUGGAAAUGUCAAAUUUAAAGGACAUAAGUGCAAAUAAUUGCACCUAUAAAAUUGAAUACUUUUUAGGUGGAGAUUUGAAAUUUUUAGCACUGGUAUGUGGUUUAAGCAGGGCAAAUGAGGAUUAUGCUUGUGUGUGAUGCAAGUGUCCCAGGGAGCAACAGUGGGACACAAGCAAAACAUGG